AAAGGUUAGAAUGGACUUUAUACACUCAUGAGAUCCCCAAGGGGCUGGGUACCGAGAGUGUAGUUGAGACUUUUCAAAGUUUGCUGCGUUAUAUAGUGCUCCACAUGCGACCCAUGCCGUCACCUCUCUUGGCCAGGACAUUCUCUAGAUGCCUCAUUUUCAUUAGCUCUGCAAAGGCACCACUACCUACAUUCUGCUCAGCCAAGUUCCAGAUGUCCCUGAGCUCUCGACAAGCUCACAUGCCUUCACUUCCCGCCCACCCAUCUGAUAUAGAAUCUUCCUUCUUGCCUUGGCGUCCAUGGCGUCCCAUUACUUUGGACUGCUUAACAGGUGGAGAAUGUCUGACAUGCUUUAGAGUGUUGUGAUGUAGCUGUAUUUGAUAGCCAAACUUUUCGCUUCAUAGCUUCCAACCCAAAAUG